CACCGCGUCAGUUCGCUCGCGUCGGUCACUCCGGUAUCGUCGCCUGCGUUCCGCUAUCGAAUUCGUCACGCACGUAUGCACGUACGCAAGUUUUUCGCGAACAUUUUGGCGAUCGCGAUUUCUCGGUUACGGGUUUUCAAUUUUAUCGUAAAAUACGUAUUCAAGGUUCGCCCGGCUAAACGAUUACGCGCCAACGAUACAUAUAGAUACGUACACCUCAAAUGCAGGUAAUUGCGGUACAAUAACAUGAUAGACAAGUGUACACCGUGAAUAAAUUUAGUCGUGUGCAAAACGUGUAUCACGCGGGGAGUGCAGUGCUGCGGGAAUCGUAUCCCGCCACCCUCCCACGCGCCAGGUAUUUGUGCGGGUUUUUAAGAAAAUAAUAUUUUCGAGUGUUUAUUUUUUCACGUGUUCGUGCCACCAAAAUGAUGAUGUUGUCCUGCGUGCUGAUGGUGUUGGUGUACACGGCGGAUAAAACAGGGUGUUCGUACCAGAGUCAUGGAGGAAGCGACAAAAACGGCGCUGGCGGCGGCGGGCGUGACGUCAACGCUGUGAAACCGGACGCCAACCAAUACUCUGGGCCGCAAUUCGACCCGGAAACGCCCAGGAACGUGACGGCGCUGGAGGGAAAAUCUGCGUAUUUGACAUGCAAAGUCAAGAAUUUGGAUAACAAAACGGUGUCAUGGAUAAGACACAGAGACAUACAUAUACUGACGGUGGGCGCGUACACAUACACCAGUGACCAGCGGUUUCAGGCCAUUCACCAUCGGUCGCAUUCGGACCAGUGGACAUUGCACAUAAAAUGGGCUCAAAAGAGAGACGCGGGCAUUUAUGAGUGCCAGGUGAGCACACAACCGGUGAGGAGCAUAUUCGUCACGCUGAACGUCGUCGACGAUAAACCACCACCUUCGGAGAGUGACGAUAAUUUACUAGACAUGAUGAUAAGAGACGGAGACUUUACAAAAGUGCCAUCUGCUUCGAUUUCUGGUGGUCCGGACAUUCACGUGAAUGAAGGAAGUACCAUUAAUCUGACGUGCAUCGUGAAGUUCAGCCCGGAGCCGCCGUCUUACAUCUUCUGGUAUCAUUACGACGAGGUGAUCAGCUAUGAUUCCCUUCGCGGAGGUGUGAGCGUGGUCACAGAAAAGGGAGACGUGACUGUCAGUUACCUGCUCAUACAGGAUGCGGUGCAAGCAGAUUCUGGCAAAUACACGUGCAACCCAUCGAAUGCGGACUUAUCCAGUGUAGUAGUACACGUCCUAAAUGGCGAAAGUCCUGCAGCCAUGCAGACCGGUUCGGCCGGCUUAUCCAACAGUUCUAUCACGAUACUGUGCGUGAUGAUCCUGAGCUGGACGUUCACCAGGACCGAUGAUCAGUUAAGAUAAUAGACACGCGCCUGCCGCCCGUAUCUGCUCCUCUCCAGCAACCAUUACUCUAAUAAUAUAAAUUAUAUUAUUAUAUAAAAUUUACAUUUAAUUGCAAGCUAUAAUGAUAACCAAAUUUAAAACAGUAAAUACAAAAACGGAAAAAACGUUAGACCGAAAAAACAUGCGUGCGCAGCCGGACGUGAUAUAUUCUCUCGUUUCGACUAACCACGAGUAUACCACGGUAUAUUGUACGAUAUCGAAUCGCACUUAACAUCAGAUUCAUUCCUUUAAAAUAUUAUGUUCAAUGUGACUUUUUAACAGACCACCGCCCUCAAAAGAGGUGUGCUUGUGUUAUUUCCUUUUUUCUUUUUUUUUUAGGAACGAAUGUGUAAAUAUUAUUACUACAAUAAUAAUUUUAUUAUAAACGUUGUACAGGAUUUUUCUACAUAUUAUCCACUACUUUGUUGUCAAUCGCACGUUCGGUGUAUGGAUAUUAUUAUUAUUAUAUAGAUGUCGCUUAAACACUAUGAGCUGGUUUGUUUCCCGCAAAGUCGUUGUUAAACACUGGAAAACACUCGUGUUUUUGUUUUGUUUUUUUUUUACAAAUUGUUGCUCUGUACAUAUUAUAUACAUAUAACUAUCUAAAUUCUCGUACGAUUAUAUGCACUCCCCGGUUUUCGACGCGUAUUCGUUUUGUUAUCGCGUCACCGUAAAUUGUUUAAUAGUAAUUAAUGUCCGGUCGUUUGUUGUAAAAAUAAAAAAAUAAAAAUGUUUUAUUUUUCGUACGCAGCAUAUUUCGUCGUAUUGCCGGCUAUACAUGCCCGAACGGAAACAUCAUACCCACAAAAACGAACGAAUAUCGAAGAGGGGUAAUCUCGCCCUGCUAUAUAUAACUGGACAGCAUGUAAUAUAAAUUGUAUGAAAUCGUCACUGUAAAUUACGUGUGCAAUUAGGGAAUGAGGAGGGGUAUCUGAUCAGCCUUUUCGAAUGUUAUACAAUAUAGGGUAUACUGAGUAUAGAUUUAUGUACCCUAAUGUGUGUAUAUUUUAUUAUAUGUGUAUAAUACAAGACUAUUCUAAAUGAUUCAUCUGUUGCUUGGUACUUGGCUUUUGAUCUAUAUAUCACCUGAUAUGAAUCUAUGUGUAUGCAUUGACUGUCGAUUGGAUGUUGUUCUUGUAAACAUUUCUAGUCAUGUACAAGAUAUUGUAUGUAUACCAUAAAAUAAAUUUAAAUUAUUAUUAUUUAAUUAAAUGUAUCAAUUAUUACUUUCAAGCCUAAAAACUUAAAUCAUAUAACAAUCUGAAACCAGAUAAAUCAGUUAGAUUAAUUCAGUAUACAAGUGAACUUGACCGACAAUGUUAAAAAUGUUUAAAGCGCAUCAUACACAGAAAAUAGAAGAAAAACCUCGACCGAGAGAGACAAAAAGAGAAAAGAAUUGUAACUAUUAUACUCGUAUUUAUUAUCACUGUAUCCGGCAUUAUAUGGAUCACCGCUACGUCGGUGUUGUUUUUAUAAAUUGUACGUCCCGUCAAAUUUUCUUUUAGAAUUUAUUUUAACGCAUUUUCCCCGAUGCGCGAGCCUGCACCAAAUUACAUCCGACAAUGGCGAUAUUAUUAUUAUUGACGCUUGUUUGCGCGCGUACAGAUUACUACGUUACGCUCGGAACAUUGUAUACGUAAACACUGGGUGGAACGACGGUCCAGUUGGAGGAGAGGGUAAAAAAUUAACCAUUCGUGACGGUUUGGAACCGAUAAAUUAACGAUAUUGUAAUACACGUUAUAUCAUAAUACUAUACGCGUCGUUACGGUUGGGAUUCAAAACGUGUGUAACGUAUAUAAUUUAAUGUUAUGUACACUUUACGAGACGUAUACGGAAUAACAAUUAUAACAAUAUCAUCGAAAUACGUUUUCGUUUUGUUGUCAACAAUGAUAGUAUUAUAAAAAGUGACAUUGAUUAUGAUAUGAUAACUAAAAACAGCGAUACAGUUUUACUACCGCUACAGCAUACCCAUUUUUUAGACGUCAGCCCAACCGCUGCCAACCACCAUCUAAACAUAGUUGGUAAAAAAACAGGCACGUUUAGUCGAAGUCAUUAUUCAAUAGGUAUAUAGAAUGUAUUAUGUAUAAUCUGAACAGCUGGUACCUAGUUAGAACUUUUUUUUUUCUAUUAAAAUCGCGUUUACGUGUUUAUUAAACAUUAUGCAUAGUUAGAUCGAUUCGCUUUUUAUCUCUAAUCAUUUUUGUUUUAAAAUGUCUAAAAACUUGUUUCGAGGCAUGAUUUUUACACAAUGUAUAAUAUUAUAAUAAUAUGGUGUCUGUAAGUACACCUCAUAUACCUUUAUUCAACAUUGUAAAGCUCUAUUAUUAUUUUAAAUAUUUAUAAAUUUGAAUUUGUAAAUUCGUUUUUUUUCCUUACGAUUUUACCAUUCUUAGUAUACUUUUUUUGAAACUCGAUUAAUAUAUUCAAAUUUAUAUAUACAAGAUAAAUAAAUAAUUAAAAAAUUAUAUCCUAUGAUAAAAAAAAUAUAUUUCAAAGGGAAAACUCCCAAGUAGCCUUUUAUUAAUGAAUACAUUUUAAUUUAUUACAUUUGUAUGCCAAAAUCGUUCUUUUAAUUCUGACUUUAACGUCAACGAAUAAACAUUAAAACAAAUCAUUUCAAUAUUAAUAACUUUAUGCGUUUUUAAAAAAAUACACCCCUGAAAAUAUAAUUUAUAUGACGUAUCGUAUUUAUUUUUGUUUUACUUUAUAAUGAAAUCUGUAUAUAUCACUAAACACUACGGUGAUAAUAACGCUCCAGAAAAUUUAAUGCGCAAAAUUAAACUAAAAAAAAUCUACACACCGGAAAAUUGAAUGAGUUAAAUCAACCAUAACGUUGCGUAGAUAAAUAAUUUUAUAAUCGAUUAAAACCCCAUUAGACGUUAUGACCUUUACAAAAAUGUCCAUUUACGCCAUAUAUAUAGUUUAAUAGUACUAGAAUACUAUAUAAAGUACAUAUAUGUAGUAUUUUUUUUUUUACAAUUAACAAUAUACAACUCCAUCCUAUUAUGGUAUAUAAUGUACGAAGAUGACUUAUAAUAUAUGACACGACGUUGUUAUCGCGGUUAUUUAUAAGGAUCAAAACAAUUUAUAAGCGCUAAAAUCAUUUUUAAACAUACGUAAAUUAAUUUUGUUCUGUCAUUCGAUCGAUAAAGUGAUUUUUUUUAUUUUCUCAAGCCAUAAUACCUAAUUAGAAAAAACCUAAUUCGAUAGCAGAAUGAGAUUUAAUUGGAAUAUUUGUUGUGGGCAACCCGUGUAUUGCAGAUACAUUGCUAUGUUUAGAGCUUCGUCAUAAAUCUUAAUAAAUUUGCCAACAACUAAAUGCAACGAAAUCGUAUACACAAUAAUAUUACCAUGGGUAUGAUACGCGUAGGGAUUCAUAUUAUAAAACUGCCAUCCGUCUGAAAAAUGAAUCAUUUAUUUGUCAUUCAAGAUCGCUUAAUCAUUAAGCCUUAAUGUAUUCGUUUUCUUGAUCUGUAAUUUAUAUUAAUUAUGUGGAAUUAAUAAAAAGUAUAUGUAAGCGUUUUCAAGGCAAUUAUUAAUUGCUUAUUUCUUGUAAUGAAUAUUUUUUUCAAUGACAUAUUAUCAUGUUUUUAUAUAAUUUCAUAUUUCGAAACAACAUUAAUUUAUAAAAAUAUUACCAUAAGGCAAAGUUUGUUUUUUAUGAACAUUUUAAAGCUUAUAAGUUAUAGAUAAGUUAGAUAAGUGAUUUGGCUAUUUUCGAUAUUAAAUAAAUUCUAAAGAGUCGCUGGAAAGACAAUAUGUAAUAAGGCCACGAAAUCUUGAAUUAAAAUCCCAAGAAAUAAAAUUAAAGAGAUAGUCAAGUAAUGAUCAUGUGACUAAUAAACGUUUAUCUAAGAAACCACCGAAAAAAAUUUCUCUAGAUGUCGAUAUUUAUAAAUUUCAAUCAAUUAACCGACGCGUAUGUUUAAAAAAAAAUUCUCAGCUGUUGCGGACGAAUACAAUAUUAUUCUAUUAUAUAUCUUGAAAAAUUGUCAGUUAUCGAGACGAAUAAGAUAUCUUAUUUCAUAUUAUCCUAUUAGUGUGAUCUAAAAAAAAUGUCCCUUUCAUAAUCUGUAAAAGAAUGGUGACGAAUGAAGACGAUGGGGCGUGCAGUGUCGUACAAUUAAAUAUAACGUUAUGUGGCGGCUUGUCCGGAACGCAUUUAGUCGUAUAAUACGUCUUAAAGAAAAUGUCAUAUUAUUACACGUUGUACGACGGAUUUUCUUUUUUCCUCGUUUCCAGACGCUUUUACUAUUACACUAUUCUAUCGUUUUAACGUCCCACCGCGACAAACCCGUUUCCGUAUUUAUUCCAGUUGACCGCGUCAUGAACCGUCUAAUCUCGUCUUCACGACGAACCGACCGAGUGGAGAUGACUUUCAGCCCACCUAACCUACCCUUGAAAGAUCGCAAUACAUCUUCUGAACCUCACAACGACAUAUAUUUAUAUUUCGGUGCCGUAACAAUUAUACCACACAACUUACACGAAAAAGGCCGACAUUUAGUUGAGACAUUUAAUUUUUGAAAUAUCAAUACGCAUAUAAUACUAUAUAUUAUAAUCACUAUAAUGAUUUAAAUGGUAAACUAAAUAAUUGUAUACAUUUCAAUAUUCGUGUGGAAUUGUAAUAAAAUAUAAUAAUUUUUUCAAACCGUUCAAUAAUAUGAAACUGAAAAAUAAAAAUUAUUGGCUUGAACAGAUUUGAUGAAACACCCUGUAUAGCUAUGAUGUCUCUGCAGUCUGUAACGUGCAUGUCCGCGUUGAUAAUAUCUUUGAAUAUCAUUAAUUUGAAAGUCCGGGGACAAUAAAAAACAGCAUCACAAAAUAACUUCGUUGUCUGUUUUUCUAAGGGUAUAUUAAAAUAUAAUAUAAUAUAUAUAUAUUUUUUUUUAUUUUUGUCACUGGCAAUUACAUUUUUUUUUCGCUCCCGCUUACCACAAAGAUGGCGAGUUUG